AGCCAAACCCUAGCUCAGACCCCUCCCUCCUCCCCAUCUCCUCGCCGCCGCCACCUCCACCCCGUCCCCGCCCCUCCCGAUCCAGUCCUCCCUCCUCCCCAUCUCCGACGAAGCCGCCCAGGCCAAGGUUCCCAACACCACCGCCGCUGCCCCCACCUGGUGCUCCGCCGGCAGCCGCUCCCUGAACCUGAGGAGCUACACGCCCUCCGUCGAUGGUGUCGAUGUCGCCCUCGGCGGCGGACGGAGGGGGCGAUGGGGACGAGGAGUUGACGGCGAAGUCAUCUCUAGCAGCUCUACCUCGAGGGCAACGCGCUCGCCGGUGGCCUCGAGUUCCUGGAGGCACUGGUGAUCCGCGACAUGGGGCGGAUCGGGGUUGCCGUCCCGAGCACCCUCUCGCGGCUCACGCGCCUCAAGCAGGCUACCUCGAGGGCAACGCGCUCGCCGGCGGCGUACCCGGGAAGGUGUUGUCUAGGAUGAGCUCCCUCUGCUACCCCUCGCUCGCCGGCAACCGGCUGGAGGGCACGCUGCCGCCGGAGCUCGGGGACGUUCGCGGUCUAGUCCGAGGAGCUCCUCGUCGCUUCCGUGGCUUAGUGACACGGACAUUCUCUCUUUUGCUUCGUUGUUCAUUUGUGAUGUUGUGCACUGCAGUAGAUAGGAAUCCAGGGGAGAAGUGUAGGAACUGGGCAUCGAGGACGUGACGCCGGAGCGGCUGUCCGGGCUCAUCAGCGGCUACGCCGGCCUCGUCGACAAGGUCCCCUCCAUGAAGGCAUUCCACUGGUGGUAUUGUAGAAAGGAGACUAAUGUUGAUUCCUGCUAUUAGUCUCACCAUUGGCUCCCUUCAGUACAGUCUGGAUGCCCAGAGUUGAAAACAGAACACUGACUAGCUGAAGAGGAUAACUGUGAUUGGAACUGCACAGAUUUGGCACAGCAGAUUGAUAGAAUUUGGACCUCCAGGCCUAAGAAAGUUGAAGUGUGAAGCCUUGAAGCCAAUUGUGUGAAGCUCUACUUAUCCAAGAAUGCAUAUUAUAUAUUGUAAUAAUAGACAUAUCUGCUUUGUAAUAGAUUGGAAAAAUUGUAGUAUACCUUCGUGUUAAUUUGAUGAAUUUCACAUGUUCUUUCUGCUCUA